AUGCCUGUUGAGGAGUCAAAGAAACGAUUGGAAGUUCUAGCUCGUAAAAUGGAUGUGAAUGGUGAUGAUGAAUCCGAAUUGACUAGUUGGGUAGAGCGAUCGAUGGUGUCAUUGGACAAUGAAGAAGUCACUGAACGACUGACUGAAAUGGAUGCAAAUGGCGAUAAAAUGGUAUCGUGGGAAGAGUACUUAGCGGAUUCGUUUCCUGAUCGAGACAUCAAGGAUCUUGACGCUGAUGAUAGGAAGUUGAUGAACGAAGACGAAUUAUAUUUUAAAGCUGCCGAUUUGGAUGGUGACGGUAAACUGAAUAUGGUGGAGUUGAGUGCUUUUUUGAAUCCGGAGAAUUACAAACAUAUGCACAAGAUAUUGGUCGAGAUAACGAUGUCGGAAAAGGAUUUGAACAAAGAUGGAGCGAUCGAUCUGAAAGAAUUUCUUGGAGAAAUGGCUGAUAAUGAUCAUAGCGAAUGGCACGCUGUUGAGUCGAAUAGAUUCAUGACAGAAUAUGAUUCCGAUGGUGAUGGUGUGUUGCGUGGUGAAGAAGUACGACGUUGGAUGAUUCCGGAUGUUAAAGUGGUAGCAAAACAAGAAGCGACACAUCUCAUUAAUGGUGCUGACGUUGAUAAGGACGGAAAGCUGUCGAUUACUGAAAUAGUCGACGCCCAUCAGCUAUUCGUUGGAUCAGAAGCCACCAACUAUGGUGAAGAAUUACGAAAAGUGUCACAUACUGAACUUUGA